AUGUCGCCAACUACGUUUGAACAAUUACUGUCUUGGAUAGGACCACUUCUCCAAAGAGCUACCACUAAAAUGCGUGAGCCAAUUGGCCCUAGCGAGAGAUUGUGUGUUUGCUUAAGGUACUUGGUUACUGGUGAUGCCCAGGUUACAAUUGCUGCAAGUUACAGGAUAAGUGCUGCAGUUGUGGGAAGGAUUAUCAAUGAAACUUGUGAACUGUUGUGGAACACUCUGAUUGAAAAAGGUUAUGUUAAGCACCCGUCAACAGAGAAUGAAUGGAAAGUAAUUGCCGAAGAGUUUGAGACUUGUUGGAACUUUCCUCACUGUGUACGUGCCAUAGACAGUAAACAUGUUUUAAUGCAGGCUCCGGGUAAUUCAGGAUCUGCUUACUUCAAGUACAAGAAAACGUUUAGUAUUGUUCUUAUGGCUGUGUGUAAUGCCAAGUAUCAGUUUACUUUAGUCGAUAUUGGAGACAUUGGACGACAAAGCGAUAGUAGUGUCUAUGGUUGCAGUCAUUUAGGUUAUGCCAUUGAGAAUAAUCUACUGAACAUUUCAAGUGAGAGCAAGCUAACUAAUUCAGAGAAAGUCCUGCCAUACGUGUUUAUUGGUGAUGAUGCAUUUGGUUUAAAAACAUAUGGCGCAUUUUCCAUGUCAAAAAUAACAUUGUGUGUGCAGAUUACUUUAUGGCAUUUGGAGAUGUCAUUAUGUAAUUUCAGCAUUGCUUUAUGGCAUUUGGAGAUGUCAUUAUGUAAUUUCAGCAUUGCUUUAUGGCAUUUGGAGAUGUCAUUAUGUAAUUUCAAACCUUACAUCUAA